AUGAAGAAGACAUCCCAGAUCUGCCAAUCCAAACUGCCAGACAACACUGCCUUGAAGCAGCAGCAAUUGCCCGCCUACCGGUUACAGCUCUCGGCCACUGGAGUCCUCUCUGGCUUUUUUGCCACAGGAGCAUUCUGCCUUGGUGUGGGCAUCAUCCUUAUAUUGUCUGCAAAGAGUAUCAAGGAAAUAGAGAUUAAAUACACAAAAAUAUGUGCAAAUUGUGCAGAACUGCGAGAAGAUGCUAUUAAUUUUGACAAAGAAUGCACCUGCUCUAUUCCCUUUUACCUUUCAGAGACAAUGCAGGGCAAUGUUUAUUUGUACUACAAGUUAUAUGGCUUCUAUCAGAAUCUUUAUCGAUAUAUUCUAUCCAGAAGUAAUAGCCAACUGGUGGGUACAGAUUUAAAGGAUGUUGGAAACUGUGCUCCAUUUAGCAAGUCCCACAAUGGGACCCCCAUCGCUCCUUGUGGUGCUAUUGCCAACAGCAUAUUCAAUGAUACCAUCAUUCUUUCCUACAACCUUAAUUCAUCUAUACAUAUGGAAGUCCCAAUGCUAAGGAGCGGAAUUACAUGGUGGACAGAUAAGUAUGUCAAGUUUCGGAAUCCAAGUGCCAUUAAUCUUUCUAGUGCAUUUACAGGAACCGCAAAGCCCCCAUACUGGUCUAAACCUGUCUAUGAACUGGAUUUAGAGGAUACAGAAAACAAUGGCUUCCUCAAUGAUGACUUCAUUGUGUGGAUGCGGACAGCUGCCUUUCCCACUUUCAAAAAACUAUACCGUCGACUCAAUCGAGUACAGUAUUUUAUUGAAGGCUUGCCUGCUGGUAACUACAGUUUCAACAUUACCUACAAUUUUCCAGUAACCAGGUUCAAAGGAGAAAAAUCAGUUGUUCUUUCCACCCUGACAUGGAGUGGAGGCAGUAGCCUUUUCUUAGGUCUCGCCUACACAGUGACAGGAGCUGUGACCUGGUUGGCUGCCUUUUCCAUGAUGGCAAUCCACUUGAUGCUGAAAGAAAAGAGAACGCUCUUCAUCGAGCGAUAA